AUGUUGGUCAGAAUGGCUCCUCCUUUUCCUCUGAUCUUCCUGCUCAUGUUUUAUGUGGUUUCUAGUGAUGAUUGGGGUGUGAUUUACAGUUCUCCACACAUCUGUGCACUAAAAGACUCAUCAGUGAUAAUGAGCUGCACUUAUACAUACCCUACUGGACAUCAGAUCAGGAAAGUGUACUGGACUAAAGAUUAUGUAAAGAGUGGAGAUCCUCCAGAUCUGUCUGAGGACCCUGAAUACAGUCAGAGGCUUCAGUAUCUGGGAGAUAAACAGCAGAACUGCACCGUCAGACUGAGUCAUGUGACAAAGAAAGAUCAACACAAGUAUUAUUUCAGAUUCACUACUGAUAAACGUAAUGGCAAAUGGAUUGCUGUUCCAGGAGUGACUCUUAAUAUCACAGAUCUUCAGCUGGAGUCUCCUGAGAGAGUGACAGAGGGAGAUUCAGUCCGUCUGGCAUGUAAAAGCAGCUGUAAUCUGACUGACACACCAACAUUCAUCUGGUACAGAAACUCACAGACAUUGACUGAAGGAACUAUUGGAAAUAAACUCAUCCUCAAGUCAGUCAGAAAAGACGAUGCAGGCAGAUAUAGAUGUGCUGUAGAUGGACACACACUCACAUCACCUGAGGUCUUUCUCGAUGUCACCUAUCCUCCAAAGAGGGUCUCAGUGUCCAUCAAUAGAUCUGCUGUAAUAGUGGAGGGAGAUUCAGUGACUCUGAGCUGCAGCAGCGACUCAAACCCUCCUGCUCUGAACUUCAGAUGGUUUAAUGGAGAAACAUUUGUAGGAUCUGGAAGAAUCUUCAACAUCUCCAAGAUCAGCUCUGAUGACAGUGAAAAAUACAAGUGUAGAGCCAGAAAUGACCACGGAGAGAAAAACUCUGAUCCUGUGACUUUAAACAUUCAGUAUCCUCCCAGAAACGUCUCAGUAUCUGUCACUGAUGAUUCUGGUCAGCUUUGGUUUGAUUCAGUGAGUCUGAGCUGCAUCAGUGACUCGAACCCUCCUGCUCUGAACUUCAGCUGGUUUAAGGAGAAUCAAAGCUCAGCUGUUGGAUCUGGACAGAGUUUCAGUGCAGUACAGAGUGGACGCUUCUACUGUGAGGCUCACAAUCCACAUGGAGCUCAGAGAUCAGACGCCGUCACUGUCACUGUUAAAGGUCCUCCAGUGCUAUUCUACAUCUCCAUUGGAGUGGUUUGUGGAGCUGCAGUUUUCAUCACAAUGGGGAUCAUUUGGGGAAUCAGGAGGAUGAAGGAGAGAAAAGCCAAACAGCAGCUGGAUUGUUCCAGACGUCAGGAUGACAAACGUAACGCUUGUGAUGUUGAUCAGCCUGUGUAUGAGAAUGCAACGGCUUUUCAAUGCAGCCCUGAUCAUUGUAAACCUGAACUGGACUCUUCUGUGUAUGAAAACCUUCCAAAUAACAAGAGGACGCAGUAG